AGCCUUUUCUUUAUUAUUACGGUUAUUGCGAUAGCAAUUAUAUGGGCACUCCUAACUAAUUCUCGCCGUCGGCAUUGCCAUGAGGUUUUGCAUGUAUUUGUUUCUUAACCUCUUCAAUCACGAUUCUUGGCUUAUCCCUUGUAGUGGGUUGCGGCAUCUUACUGACGACCAACCAAUCGAACGCGCUGGAAUCGGGAGGGGCUAAUCUCGGCUGCGGCAGCUUCGCUGUCGCCGACACAGCGUAUUCUCGUAUUCUGUACCUGCUUACGUCUUUGGGCUCGCGAGUCGGCGGCGUCCCGGAUCGUCCCACCAUGCGUCCCGACCCGUUCAUGGACUUGGUUACGCUGGUCGCCAUCAUGGUGGGGGUGAUCGUGCUGUUCGUGCUGCUCUGGCUGCUGGCGCGCAAGUACAGCGUCGCCCCGGUCGCGGAGCCGCCCAGGGGCGACGAGACGCUGGCCGACGGCGCCUCGUCGCACAGGCGCGCCAGCAAGGCGUCGCAGCAGCGCCUGCCCGUCGGAGCGGGUGCGGACGCACCGAGGGGCGCGUCUUCGGCUCCCGAACGAGGCCUCCCCGACGCCGCGCAGAAGCCGCCCAUUGCCACAGGGCGCACGGCCCCGCUGGCGCCCAGUUCGGGACCAGAUGCGGUCGCCGCUUCGGUCCCUAAGCAAGCUGGGAACGCUGCAGCGGGAGAAAGGAGGCCCGAGAGUUCAGCGCCAGACAGCCUAGACCACAGCGUCGUUCAGAACAAGCCGAAGGCGUCGUCGGGAUGGGUCUUCACCGUCACAGGGGACAAUGUUCCUGAUCAGCCUUCGAGAACGAGGAGCGUGGAGGACGCAAAUGCUGCAGCUACUGGCACAGGGAAGCAUUCGUCGUACGAAGAGGAACCGGAUACAGCCGGCAUCGGGGGGACGUCUGGAAGCCAGGCGGCGGACCAGACGGCGCGCGAGGAGAGCAGCGGCAUGGCGUCGGCGGAGCUGACGGCGACCAAGGAACACCGGCGUCGCAGGAAGAAGUCCAAGAAGCAGCAGCGCGAGGGCAGCGGCGCAGGCAGCGGCGUAGCCAGCGCAAGCGCCGGGAGCCCGCCCGAGGUCGGUGCCGACGCCGACACCACGACCACCACCAGACGGAAGCACAAGUCCCGGCGUCGAAAGGACUCCAAGCCUUUUACCUCGGCGGCCGAUGGCAUCCUAAGCAGCGGGUUGUCAACCCCGCAAGAGCGCUCGCAACCGAGCACACUCGUUCCGAAGUCGCCGAUGGGCACCCGUCGUUCCUCGACCAAGUCCAAGACGUCGCGCAAGUCCGGCAUGAACGAGGACGCCAAGUCGGACGCCGCGGCGUACCCACCGGCGGGCUGGACCAUCGGCCAGGCUCCCGCCGACGACCUCGUCGUCGCCGCCGCAAAACCCCCGGCGACCGCUGAAACCGCCGACGCCCACAUGGCCGACGCCCAGAUCGCCGACGACGACUUCUUCCUGCCCGAACUGCCGGACCUGGGCGGUAAGGAGUUGGAACCGUCGGGCCCAUGCACCCCAAACCGGACGUCUACUCUCGGGUCGUCGUCGAGCCGCCCGCGGGCACCGCGCUGAUGCCCACCGUCGAGGGCCCCCUCGGGGGAGCGCACGCCGAACGCGGUGGCCUCCACCCCGAGCGACGUGGCGGCGCUGAGCGGCGUCCCCCAGGCGCCCACUCCGAUGAAGCAGAACUUGGGCGUCUUCUCCCGCGAGCGGUCGCCCUACGUGCCGGCCACGCCGCACAAGCCUCCGUCUCCGCCGCUGGAGCCGCCGCAAGACGCGCGCUGACUCGUUCGAUAUAAGCGACGCGAAGACGAAAAGUCGGCGAGGACGGGAUGGCAGAGCGUGCCUACCGUGACGAAGCAGGAUGCGGGUGGGCACGCGUAGACGCUCCGGACUAUCGCCACGGCCAUGACUGACUUUGCGUGUACCGCGAAAACAAAAAUAAUUGCGGCUUCUUUUUUUUUUCUGAUAAGCACGAUAAGAAAUGAAGUGGCUUACCGGUUCGUGUA